AUGGAAGAAUUAAAGAGUUCAAUAGUUCACGAGUACAGCAUCCUUUAUUCUAACCGAAUAAUACAGAAGGAUAAGAAAUGGAAUGAUGGAAAGUUAAAAUACUAUGAAUUUAAUAACAAAUUAGAGAUUUUUAAUGAAGAUGGAAACCUAAUCGAAGUUGAUUUUAUAAGUGAAAAAUUCAAACAUAAUUUAGUUGAACAAAAUGAAUUUAAAUUGCCUAAUAACAGGUUGAUUAUUGAAAUAGAUAGUAAACUUUCAAGCUAUAUUAGAGAUGUAUCUGAAUUAUUCAAGCGAUCAGCUAAAGAUGUAGCGUUAACUUCGCCAACAAAACUUAAUGCGAUUGGCAUAACCAAGAUCAAGACUGAACCGAAUCAGAUCAAACGAGAACGAGUCAUUAAACCCACAAUAUAUCGCCCCCUCAAACAUGGGCCAUUUAAAAAGGUUACCAGGAACCAAAUAACGAUCAAACAGGAGUGCCUACCUAGAAUCAAACAGGAAGCUAUGCCUGUACCUGUAUCAUUACCACAAUCACCUCCACGUCCAAUAAUUAAACAAGAGCCGAUAGAUGAUUGUACAGAAGUACCAGCCUCUAGUUCGGAAGUUCAAUUACAAAAUUUAAGAAUGAACGACGAAACUAGAAUACUUCCCAGAAUCCAUCCAAAGUCAUCCCGAUUCUUCAAGCAUUUAGCUACAAACAAAACAUAA